AGAACCCUCUUCUGCUUUUGGUCUUUGUAACACUGUCCUCUGCAUUUCCUGUAGACCAAAGGAUGGAAGGCGAUGAAAAUCUGCAACUGACUCAGGUACUGUCUCAGUAAAUGUCAUUCGUGGCUAUCCAUAAAAAUUUCACUUUACUGAUUGUCCAAGCACCUAAAAAGACAGCUCAUUCUUACCAAAGAGUCCUGAACUUUUUUGUGAGGAGCCGAUUUUCCUUUCCUUGGCCCUAAAGACAUUAGGAAUGGUCGGGGGUGGAGAGUGGCGUGGGCUGGGAGAAAGGCAGGCUAUUUAAGCAUUGGAUACAAGUGAGGAGAGAGUGAGCAGAGAAAUGGUUAGCUCUGCAAGAAUGGAGAUCUCUGUAAAAGCAUCUGAAGACCAGCCAGGGGGACCCAACUGUAGUUUGGAGCUCCUUAUCCUACAUGCAAGAACCCCACACUGCUUUGGAGAUUCCCUCUAAAAAUCAAUCCAGUUCAUAUUUGAUGAAAUUACUUAAAUGUGAUUACAUGUUAAUAAUCAUAUUUUCUCCAUAAUUUAUUUCAAGGAAACAUAAAAUGAAAGUAACAGUAAAAAUGUGUAUGACACAAAAUCAUUCAACACACAGAAGGCUGCUUUUGUCUGUUAAAAGUUUGGGAUCCCAUAGCUCUAUGGGUUUAGCCGGUUCUGGUCACACACAGCUCAAUGAGCUCUUGGAAACUGAAAAAAAGGGUAACUCUUCUCUUUCCUCUUUGUCUUCUUCCUCUCCCCUUCCUUUCCCUUGUUAUUUAUUUCUUUUCCCUCCUACUGCCGAAAAAGGAUCUUGGAAAGUUUGGUUAUCCUGAGAUGGAGGUCUGCUCUCCUGUAGUCUGUACCUUUUUUUGUCUUUUCGGUCAGGCAUAUCUCAACCAGUUCUACUCUCUUGAAAUAGAAGGGAGUCAUCUUGCUCAAAGCAGUAACAGAAGUCUCAUAGAUGGCAAAAUUCGUGAAAUGCAAGCAUUCUUUGGAUUGACAGUGACUGGAAAACUGGACUCGAACACUCUGGAGAUCAUGAAGACACCCAGGUGUGGGGUGCCUGACGUGGGUCAGUAUGGCUAUACUCUCCCCGGGUGGAAGAAGUACAACCUCACCUACAGAAUUGUAAACUACACUCCUGAUAUGGCUCGAGCUGAUGUGGAUGAGGCUAUCCAAAAAGGUUUAGAAGUGUGGAGCAGAGUCACUCCGCUAAUAUUCACCAAGAUUUCCAAAGGGAUCGCUGACAUCAUGAUUGCCUUUAGGACCCGAGUCCAUGGUUUGUGUCCUCGUUACUUCGACGGCCCCUUGGGAGUCCUCGGCCACGCCUUUCCCCCUGGUCUGGGACUGGGUGGAGACACUCACUUUGAUGAGGAUGAGAACUGGACCAAGGAUGGAGUAGGAUUCAGCUUGUUUCUUGUGGCAGCUCAUGAAUUUGGUCAUUCACUGGGGCUCUCUCACUCCAGUGAUCAAACAGCCUUGAUGUUCCCAAACUACGUCUCCUUGGAUCCUAGCAAAUACCCACUUUCUCAGGACGAUAUCAAAGGAAUCCAAUCCAUCUACGGAGGGCCACCUAAGUUACCUGUGAAGCCAAAGGGACCCACUGUACCUCAUGCCUGUGACCCCAAUUUGACUUUUGAUGCUAUCACCACUUUCCGCAGAGAAGUAAUGUUCUUUAAAGGCAGGCACAUAUGGAGGAUCUAUUAUGACAUCACUGACGUUGAAUUUGAAUUAAUCUCUUCAUUCUGGCCAUCUCUGCCUGCUGAUAUUCAUGCUGCAUAUGAGAACCCCAUCGACAAGAUUCUGGUUUUUAAAGAUGACAACUUCUGGGUGAUCAGAGGAUAUGCUGUCUUACCGGAUUAUCCCAAAUCCAUCUAUACUCUUGGCUUUCCAAGACGUGUAAAGAAAAUUGAUGCAGCUGUGUGUGACCACAGCACAAGAAAGACCUACUUCUUUGUGGGCAUUUGGUGCUGGAGGUAUGAUGAAGUGACCCAAACCAUGGACAAAGGGUACCCACGGAGAGUGGUAAAGUACUUCCCAGGAAUUGGUCUCCGAGUGGAUGCCGCUUUCCAACACAAAGGAUUCUUCUAUUUCUUCCGUAGAUCAAAACAAUUUGAAUAUGAUCCUAAGGCAAAGACCGUUACCCGAAUAAUGAAAACCAAUACUUGGCUUCGGUGUAAAGAACUGUUAAAUUCAUCAUCUGAUUUUACUAUCAGUGAGGAAAAAGUACAUUCAGGAGUGGAGAUGUUUCAUUAUAAAAAUUUAAAUUUUCUUAUUUUUAGUAUUGUUCACAUGAUGAACAAAAUCUACAGUUACCAAUAAAUUCAUAGACCUAAUAUAAACCUCAAGGGAUCUUUUAAUCUGAACUCUGCUUCAAAUUAGAACAGAACUGUUCUUUAACGUCAAGUCACCAGGCCUAGUUAUAAAUAUCUAUUGAAUGAAGAGUGAAACAGCUAUUUUGAGCUGCCUGAUUCUUUUUACAGGAAAUUAUGUAUAAACAAAACUCUCACUGGACUUUAAGCAUAUUUUAUGUUUUGUAGACUUGAAGAAGUAAGCUCUGUGUCUUAUAGUAACAAAAUACCAAAACAUUUAUUAAACCAAUCUUUAUUUAGCAUUCUAUUUUGUCUGGACCUUUGGAGUUGGAGAGGCUUAAUA